GCUGCACCAACAACCACAACAGUUGCACCAACAACCACGACAGCUGCAUCAACAACAACAACAACAACAGCUGCAACAACAACUACAACAGCUGAAACAACAACCAAGACAUCUGCGACAACAACCACGACAGCUGCACAAACAACCACAACACAAGCACCAACAACCACAACAGCUGCACAAACAACUACAACAGUUGCACCAACAACCACGACAGUUGCGCCAACAACCACGACAGUUGCACCAACAACCACAACAGUUGCGCCAACAACCACAACAACUGCAUCAACAACCACGACAUCUGCACCAACCACCACAACAACUGCACCAACAACUACGACAGUUGCACCAACAACCACAACAGUUGCACCAACAACUACAACAACAGCUGCACAAACAACCACAACAACUGCACCAACAACUACAACAGUUGCACCAACAACUACAACGGCUGCACCAACAACCACAACAGUUGCACCAACAACCACAACAGUUGCACCACCAACCACGACAGCUGCACCAACAACUACGACAGUUGCACCAACAACCACUACAGUUGCACCAACAACUACAACAGUUGCACCAACAACCACAACAGCUACAUCUGCGGCAACAACCACGACAGUUGCAUCAACCACCACAAAAGCUGCACCAACAACCACAACAGCUACAGCAACAACCACAACAGCUGCACCAACAACCACAACAGAAGCACAAACAACCACAACAGUUGCGCCAACAACCACAACAGCUGCACCAACAACUACAACAGUUGCACCAACAACCACGACAGUUGCACCAACAACUACAACAUCUGCACCAACAACCACAACAGUUGCACCAACAACCACAACAGCUGCACCAACAACUACAACAGCUGCACCAACAACUACGACAGUUGCACCAACAACUACAACGGCUGCACCAACAACCACAACAGUUGCACCAACAACUACAACAGCUGCACAAACAACUACAACAACUGCAUCAACAACCAUGACAGUUGCGCCAACAACCACGACAUCUACACCAACCAUCACAACAGCUGCACCAACAACUAUGACAGUUGCACCAACAACUACAACAGUUGCACCAACAACCACGACAGUUGCACCAACAACCACAACAGCUGCUCCAAAAACUACGACAGUUGAACCAACAACCACGACAGCUGCACCAACAACCACGACAGCUGCAUCAACAACUACAACAGCUGCACCAACAACCACAACAUAUGCACCAACAACCACAACAACUGCACCAACAACCACAACACAAGCACCAACAACCACAACAGCAGCAACAACAACCACUACAGUUGCGCCAACAACUACUACAGCUGCACCAACAACCACAACAGCUGCAACAACAAUCACUACAGUUGCAAAAACAACCACAACAGCUGCACCAACAACUACUACAGCUCCACCAACAACCACAACAGCUGAACCAACAACCACAACACAAGCACCAACAACCACAACAGCUGAAACAACAACCACAACACAAGCACCAACAACCACAACAGCUGCACAAACAACCACAACAGCUGCUGCAACAACAACAACUACGACAGUUGUGCCAACAACCACAACAGCUGCAGCAACAACUACGACAGUUGCACCAACAACCACAACAACUGCACCUACAACAACGGCAGCUGCACCAACAACCACAACAACUGCAUCAACAACCACAACAGCUGCACCAACAAACACAACAGCUUUUGGGAACGCCUUGAAGAAAGCAUUUCAGGCACAUUUUAUUAAACUGAUAAUUAUUCAGUUCACGGAAGGAUCAGUUGUAACAGAGAUGGAUGCAUCAUUCUCCUCCCUACCCAAUAAUACUGCAGUUGAAGAUGUACUCUAUAGUGCUAAUACAAGUUAUGAUGUUAUCAGUGUGGGAGAGGACAGGAAUUACAGGGAGGAGGGAGGGGUAUGGGAUCAGAAAGCACACUGUUGA